AUGGCAACAGAAUCAAUGCAACCUUUUGAGCAAUCAUUUCAUUUGAACGUCGAUCCUUCGUCUUUUCAUCAAGCCAGUAUGGCAGCUGCCGCCGGUUCAGCAGCAGCCCAAGCAGCAGCAGCAUCAUCAUCUACAACAACAGCAUUAUCAUCAGUAGCAAAUCAUCAUCAACUUCAUCAUCCAUCCUUAUCACAUCCUUCCUCUAUGAUGUCCUCCAAUGGUUAUUUCAGUCACCCUUACUAUACUCAAUCACCAACUUCUCAAGAGUAUCAUCACUUGAUGGAUCCUUAUCAAGGAGAUUUCAGGCCUACUUUUUACAAUCCUUUUGAAAUCAAACAUCGUCGUCGUACAUCAAGAGCUCAACUCAAAGUAUUAGAAAAAGCCUUUCUCGAAAAUGCAAAACCAAAUGCUACAGUGCGUCGUUAUUUAGCUCAGGAAUUAGACAUGACUCCUCGCGGUGUCCAGAUUUGGUUCCAAAAUCGUCGUGCAAAGGCCAAGCUUCAAAAAAGGAAAUCACAACAAGGUUCCCCUAUCACUAAUAACAACAACACUAACAACACUGAUAAUACUAAUAAUAAUAAUUCUUAUUUAAUGACACCCACAUCAUCAUCACCUUCCUCUUGUUUGUUAUCAUCAACCCCUUCAUCAUCAUCUUGUGGUAGCAACUCUUCCUUAUUUUAUUCUAUGGAUGAUAUUCGAUCUGUUGCCACUCAAGCUGCCGCUCAAUCCAUGUUAAUGCUUGAUCAUAAUUCUUGGUUAACAAUGCCUGCGCAUCUUUCACAACAUCAAGAGAAUGAUUUGCAACGAAGACAAUCCUGCCCUUUGUUGAGCCAAUCAAAUCCAUUAUGGGACACCGCUAUGUUGCAACAACAGAAUCGUCGUGCAUCUGAAAACAAUCAUUCUUCACCAGUCAAUACAACCAUGAUGGGUUGGAUGGAUCCAACCGAUGCAAAUAGUUGUUGUAGCAGUAAUAGUCCCAUUAGCAACACAAUCACCUCCACCAGUAACAAUAACAACAGUAGCAGUAGCAGUAGCAGCGGUAGUAGUAGUUGUGGCACUCCUGGCUGGACUUUGGAUACAACCUCUCCUUUGUCUGAUCACACCAUUCUUGAUAUGUACCAACAACAACAAUCCGGCAUCAAGUUAUCUUUCCCUCCAACAACACCUACCUUGGACUUUUACCAUUCUUCUUCCUCACCUUCUGUCACUACAUCGUCCAGCCAGUCUCCUACUUGUUCUAUGGAUCAAGGAAGUGUUCCUUUGUUGACUCAUCCUCUCAUGUCCUCUUCCUACAUUUGAAUAUUUCUGGUUCCUUCGUUUCUUGGUUUUGGUUUUAUCCCUAACCUUUUUUUUUUUUUUUUUAUUU